AUGGCGGCUUCUAGGGGUGCUCAGAUAGCUGCUCGCCUUCUCAGUCGUGGCUCCAAAUCUCUGGCCGUCAAUCGGACAACACUGAAGCGCAGGUUGGACAAUCCCCUCGUGAGAAGCACUCGAAGCCUCAGCGAUGCCCCUCUCCAUACUCGCGCGACACACAAUGCCCAAGCGGCUACCGCACCCUCGGAAGCACAGUGGGAGGGAGUCGAACCUUCCAACCCUGCCAUGACAUUUCCUUGCUUGGAUGCCCAAGAACAGAAGACGGCUGCUCUGCAGAGGAAGUCUCUAGACUCCGGACCCGAGCCUUCCUAUACCACCGGCACCCAUAUGGUCUUCCACAGUUCUGAGCCAUUCUUACUCGACUGGGGUGGCAUUCUGCCACAGUACGACAUUGCGCAUGAGACGUGGGGUACGCUGAACUCGGAAAAGAGCAAUGCUAUACUCCUACAUACUGGUUUGUCGGCAUCGAGUCAUGCACACAGCACCGAGUCCAAUCCCAAGCCUGGCUGGUGGGAGAAAUUUAUCGGCCCUGGCGCUCCUAUAGAUACCGAUAGGUAUUUCGUAAUAUGCACAAAUGUGAUCGGAGGCUGUUACGGCUCGACAGGACCUUCGUCCAAGGACCCAGCGGACGGACAGAGAUACGCCACGAGAUUUCCCAUAUUAACCAUGGACGACAUGGUGCGAGCGCAGGCCAGGCUGCUGGAUGGACUGGGCAUCCAAAAACUCUAUGCAAGCGUGGGAUCCAGUAUGGGCGGAAUGCAAAGCCUUGCAUUUGGAGUACACUUUCCGGAUCGAGUUGGGAAAAUCGUCAGUAUAUCAGGAUGUGCUCGCAGUCACCCAUACAGCAUCGCAAUGAGACACACUCAGAGGCAGGCGUUGAUAAUGGAUCCGAAGUGGAACAGGGGCUUCUACUAUGACGGUAUUCCACCACAUUCGGGAAUGAAAUUGGCCCGUGAGAUUGCCACGGUCACCUAUCGCAGUGGCCCGGAGUGGGAGAAUCGAUUUGGGCGUCGGCGAGCAGAUCCCAGCAAGCAGCCGGCUUUGUGCCCUGACUUCCUCAUCGAGACAUACCUUGAUCAUGCGGGAGAGAAGUUCUCUCUAGAGUAUGAUCCUAACUCAUUACUCUAUGUCUCCAAAGCUAUGGAUCUCUUCGACCUGGGACGUGCCCAUCAAGACGCGACCCAGGCCCGACGACAACAAAAUAUUGAGAGGGUGAAGCAGCACCACGGGGAACAGCCGCAGAACGACCCCUCCUGUAGCUUGACCUUACCAUCUAAAAAUUACGAGGAGCAAGAGUCGCCUGCUCCGAUGGAUGAAGUUGUCAACUCUGCCGUCGCAACUGGACCGCCACAAGAUCUUGUGCAGGGUAUGGCACCUCUCAGAUCUCAUCCUGUGCUGGUCAUGGGCGUUGCCAGCGAUAUACUUUUCCCAGCCUGGCAGCAGCGUGAAAUUGCCGAGACGCUGCGUGCUACUGGCAACAAGGAAGUAACGCAUGUUGAACUCGGGGAAGAUAUGAGUCUCUUUGGGCACGACACGUUCCUGCUAGAUCUGAAGCAUAUUGGCGGCAAUCUGGGCAAAUUCCUGGGAUGA